UUGUCACUACAAGCCUACCAAUGUAAGAAUAUCAUCACUUUGUCCCUAAUAAUAUGCAAUGUAAAUUAAAUUUUCCCAUUAUUCAUCAUCAUCAUCAUAUCAUCACUUGCUCAGAAUUAAUCCUUCCUUAUGGAAACGUCAUCACUUUCUCCGGCCACUGAGAGCUUCUCUUAUAGCUGGUUAUCAAACUCUAAAUCCUCCUUGGAUGGUCUUCUUCCUGAGCCGCCUCUCAGAUUAUCCUUUCACAGUUCAUAUCAGAAUUUCAACUUUGAUGUUUCCAAUCUUCAAUCACCUUCUAUUGUUGCUCAUGCUGAUGAGCUUUUCUCAGAUGGUCUUAUUAGAAGUCAUGUAUUUGUUGACCCUUUUAGAGUUGAGUCCUGUAAUAAUAAUAAUAAUAAUAGUAAUACCAAAGAUUCUAUUGAAACUACCAUGCUUAGUUGUUCAUCGGUUUCUUCAAGAACUAUUUCUGCUAAACCUGUGGGAGUCAGCAGCAGCCAUGGCUAUCUCAGAAAACAAAGAUUGAAAGAUUUCUUUCAUCUUCUCGUCAGCCGAUUUUGCUGCAAGUUUGGAUUGUCAAGGAAAAGUACCAGAGUUGGUCAUAUUGACAAGGCUGAGAGGGAAGCAACUCAAAAAGCACUUGGAGCUUACUGUAAUGAUCAUGAGAAUUCGAUUUAUGAAGCGGUUCUUCACUGUAAAAGAUCAUUUGAAAACUGAUUCUUCCCCACGAGAAGAAGACAAGAGGAUAUGGUAGAAGAAGUGCAGAAGCGUGUCAAUUAAGUUGUCCUUUAAUUUGUGUCAUCUUUCUUUGAAUAUUGUUUCACCUUCACCUCCUCUCUUAGUCCGGCAUUUUUUGUGCAGAUAAUAUACUUGAGAAUUGUGGAAAUCUGUCCCAACCUUAUUCUCUUUCUUCAUUCUUAUUGUUAAAAACAAUUCAACAUGAGCUUUUGAAGCAUACUGUUACUAAGUAAUUGGUUUGAUAACAAUUCAGCAAGAGCUUUUGAAGCAGACUGUUCCUAGGUACUUGGUUUA